AAAACGGUUUCAGUAUGCGACACGGAACCCGCCUCUAUAUAAUUAAAUUACAAGAUCCGCGGCAAUUAAUAUCAAUUCGGAAUGUCGCGUGGCCUAAUCAAAUCGGACGGCAGUUUGCCGAAGUGAUCGAUACCGAUCAAUCGGGUCUUUGUGAUUGUCAAAAGUAUCGAAAGGGUGGACGGAGGUCGAGAGCGAUUUCAGAGUGUCGUCUUCGGGAUGUUUGGCGGUUUCGACGCGCCGUUGCCGCCGCCGGCGCCGCCGCCGCCUCCGGGCCACUUCGCAGCCGCCGAUGGACAACAGUACGACGCGCCAAAGACGUCCAACAACGCCAGACAUUUUUCGGUCAGCAGUUUGCUGAGGCUCGGCGGAAAGCGUCGCGAUUCUGAGCUCGACGCUGAAGUAGACGGGUACUUAACGGACACCAAUAUCAUAGCAGAUUUCGGGUUCGAAGACAAACAGAACAGAAAGCCGCGGAGGAACAGAACCACGUUCACCACGGCGCAGCUCGCCGCCCUGGAAAAAGUGUUCGAAAAGACGCACUAUCCGGACGCGUUCGUGCGCGAAGAUCUGGCGACGAAGGUGAGCCUCAGCGAGGCGAGGGUGCAGGUGUGGUUCCAAAACCGCCGCGCGAAAUUCCGCCGCAACGAGCGUAGCCACAGCGCGCCGCCACAGAAAGAGUCCGGCGGCGGCAGAACGGCGACGCCCCUGAAGCCGAAUCAGCAGGUCACGUACGAGAACCAGACCGGUCCGGACGUGCAAUACGUGGUACCCUGGAAGUGCGCUUACGCCCAAUACGGCGGCCCCGACAGGAUUUAUUCGGCAGGCGGCCAGUACGCGUUUCUGUCCACCCCCACGUUUAAUUACACCGCGAAUUCGCUGUGCGGCGGCAAAAUUGACGUCGCCGGGUUCCGGUACCGCCAGGAUUUUGGCUUAUAACGAUCGUCGUUGCCGUUUUUGCUCGGCGCGUUUUGUUUGAAAGCGAAUGUAACUUUUUUAUACGAGAUAAUAAAAACUCCA